AUGAGUUCACACCAGCAGAAGCAGCCCUGUACAGAACUACCUCAGCUUAAUGAGCAGCAAGUGAAACAGCCUUGCCAGCCACCACCUCAGGAGCCAUGUGUCUCCCAAAUCAAGAAACCAUGUGACACCAAGGUUCCUGAGCCCAGCCACCCCAAGGCUCCUGAGCCCUGUCACCCCAAGGCCCCUGAGCCCUGCCACCCCAAGGCUCCUGAGCCCUGCCACCCCAAGGCCCCUGAGCCCUGCCACCCCAAGGCCCCUGAGCCCUGCCAUCCCAAGGCCCCUGAGCCCUGCCACCCCAAGGCCCCUGAGCCCUGCCACCCCAAGGCCCCUGAGCCCUGCCACCCCAAGGCUCCUGAACCCUGCCCCUCAACUGCUACUCCAGAACUAGCCCAACAGAAGACAAAGUAA